CUUCCUUUUCGCCCGCGCCACCUGAGGAUUUUCCUGGAGCCGCCUCCCGCAAUGGAAGACGAUCAGGAGCUGGAGAGGAAAGCCAUAGAAGAAUUGCUGAAGGAGGCAAAGCGUGGGAAAACCAGAGCAGAGACAAUGGGUCCGAUGGGCUGGAUGAAGUGUCCUCUCGCUGGGACAAAUAAAAGAUUCCUAAUCAACACAAUUAAGAACACAUUGCCCUCCCAUAAAGAGCAAGACCAUGAACAAAAAGAGGGCAGUAAGGAGCCUGGCAAAAGCCAAGACCAAAAGGAAGCGAGUGGGCAGAAGCACAGAAGCCACUCCUACAAGCGCAGCCUUCACUCAGCCCGGGGCUCAGUGGGCUGCUCUCCUCCGAGGAAGCGGGCCUCCCGGGACAAGUGUGACCCACGGCCCAGCAGGCGAUGAGAUGGAGCUGCAGGGCCAGCCCAGCCCAGCACUGUGCCUGCCACUGGGCGCAGCAAGGAAGACGGGAGGUGGCGGGCUGACACCCCAGAGUGACGUUCUCAGUGGGUCCUUUGUUUUAAGGUGACUGUUGGUACUGUGUUGUUGUUCUUAUUGCUGUUAUUGUUGUUAACAGGAAAAGAAAACUUUACUAAAACAAAUCCUAACUACCUUAUCCUGAAGCUGUCAUGGUGAGAGCGAGCUGACUCCGCACCGCCGUGCACACCCAUGCUGUUUUUAUUCAUGGUGAGAGCGAGCUGACUCCGCACCGCCGUGCACACCCAUGCUGUCUUUCUUUAUCUACCUUAUGUGGAAGUUCAUUUCAAAACAAGCAGUUUUAGAAUUUGAGAUUUUGAGGUUGUUAAAAACUCCUAGUUUUUUGAUGUACUGCACUUUUGUGGUCAUUUCCCAGAAUUUCUCAAAAAAUAAAUAAAAUACUUUGAAAUGC